AUGUCUAUCUCACCAGACGGCAUCUUUGCUGCCUUACCCAGUACCACACGCGGCCAGCCCACACCUCUCUCCGCCGACUCCAAGGGCGAGCGACUUGCGUAUGCUUCGAAUAAGUCAAUCUUCCUCCGGUCGAUAGACGAUCCGGCGGUCUCUACACAAUAUACUCAGCACACAGCCAACACGACCGUCGCAAAGUUCUCCCCGUCUGGGUUCUACUGCGCCUCAGGAGAUGCGUCUGGCAUAGUCCGCGUAUGGGACUGUUCACCCAACGGGUCCGGCGCGACCAAGGGCGAGUACUCCAUCAUCAAUGGACGCAUUAACGACAUUGCUUGGGAUGGAGACAGCCAACGUAUCAUCGCGGUCGGUGAUGGGAAACAAAGAUACGGUCAUUGUGUGACGGCCGACUCGGGCAAUACCGUUGGCGAGAUCAGUGGUCAUUCUGCACAGGUCAAUGCCGUGAGCAUACGACAGCAGCGGCCCAUAAGAGCAGCCACUGCUGGCGAUGACAAGAAUCUGGUCUUCUACCAGGGUCCUCCGUUCAAGUUCAGCGAUAUUCCUGGACGAGGAAACCACACCAAUUUCAUAUAUGGAGUAGGCUUCUCGCCUGAUGGAACGCAUCUGGUCAGCAUUGGAGGUGACAAGAAGAUCUACCUCUACGAUGGGAAGACCGGUGCCGUCAAGAACGAGAUCGUGGACAGCGGCGAAGGUCACACAGGCAGCAUCUUCGUAAAAAUAUGGGAUGUUGAGGCAGGCAAAGUGAAGCAUACUUGGUCAUUAGGCGAUGCUGGUGAUGUGCCAACUCAGCAAGUCGGCGUGGUCUGGCCAAAGCGUGCGGAUGGUCUUGUCAUAUCUCUGUCGCUGUCUGGAGAGCUCAACUACCUCCAGGAAAGCAGCAGUAAGCCAACCAAGAUAUUGUCGGGCCACCAAAAGAACGUGACUGCUCUCACAGCAUCCUCGUCGGACUCGAAACCAACGCUAUGGACCGGAAGCGCCGAGGGACGAGUAUGCUCGUGGGACGCUGCUGCUGGAACUGCAGAGGCAAUCGACGGGGACGGCCACACCAACAUUAUCUCUGGUUUGGCAGCAACUUCUGCAGACAAGCAUCCACGGAUCUAUUCUGUUGGAUGGGACGAUACAUUGCGCACAGUGGACGCCAGCGCAAAGACUUUUACCGGAUCAUCAACCAAACUGUCUUCCCAGCCGAAAGCACUGACUUGCACGUCUGACUCUCUUGUUGUGGUGGCUCAGCUUGAGAGCGUGAUCGUGUACCGUGACGGAGAGGAAGACGGAGAGCUUCCACUCAAAUCCACCCCAACUGCAUUGAGCGCACACAAGACAACCGUCGCCAUCGGUAGCUCAGACUCAAGUCUGCGGCUGUUCACAGUAGCACCAGGGAGAGCACCGAAGCAGUCCGCUGUCGUGGAGCAAGUAUCUGCAACACCCAUCACAUCAUUGGCCUUCUCAGAGGAUGGCUCACAGCUUGCAGCAGGCACCCAAUCGGGCAAGAUUUACGUGUACAAGAUCAGCAGCGGUAUCACUGGCGCCAUCACGGGCUCGGCAUCGCUGGAGCUGGUGACUGAUAGAUGGAGUGCUCACACGGGCAAAGUCACGAGUAUUGCGUGGAAUGCGGCUGGCACAGGUGCUGUCUCGGGCAGUCUGGACACAAAUAUUCAUGUAUGGAGUUUGAAGGAGCCUGGAAAGCGUGUCAAGGCGACAAAUGCGCACAAGGAGGGUGUGAACGGGAUUGCGUGGGUGGGAGAUGUGGUUUAUAGUACUGGGGCGGAUGCUGCUGUUAAGAAGUGGAGUGUUGCGAUCUGA